CCGAUCAUAGAAAAAAAACGAGCAAGGACUGAGAAUUAAAACUCUUCCAAUUAGCCUUAGCAUCCCGUUUAUUCGGAAAUAUUAAUUGGCGAGACGCAAUAAUAAAAAAGAAUAACAACAACAACAAUACAACGCACACAUUCAUAUUUACUUACAUAAAUGUACACACAUACAACAUGCAUACAUAUAAGUAGAAGGAAGCUAAGUAAACAGAACAGUUAGAAUAAUAAGAGAAAGAGAGAAUUGAAGAAAAAAAUCUUUCUGAUCACGUAUCUCCCUCUCUCUCUCUCUCGUUGUGUCGCUUAGAGUUGAAGAAGGAAAGAUAUUUAACACCCCGUACACGCUUGAUCGUAGCAAAGCGCAAGGGCCGCUCAUUUCUUGGUUAACUGUUCACCAGUUCGCACGUUGCGGAGGAAUUUAGAUUCUUUCUUUUUUUGUUUUUGGAAAUAGAAACGUAGUAAUUACAAAAUUUAGUGAAAAUGAAUUAUGAACAGAUGUCUCAUACUUUUGAAUUGCCCAAAACUCCGGCCUCUACCAUAGAUGGUCAUGGCUAUGAUAGUAGUGACGAUGAUGUGGAAAUAACGGAGGUUUCUGCCAACUUCAAGGUGGCUAAUAUUAAAAGAGCCAAUCCUACAGCAAUAGAGCCAAUGCAAUUGCAAAAAAUGGGGAUAGCCACUCCGCCGCAAUCGCCGCCUUAUCCGGUGGGAAUGCCUCCCCAUUCACAUCCACAUCCCGUUCAGGAAACGAUGCCACUUUUAAGUCAACUCCUAAGUAAUUCAAAUUUGGAGGCCCCUCAAGGAUAUAUGAUUUGUGUGCCAUGCUAUCUGUGCAAACAGCCAUUCAAUAAUCUCGAUAGACUUAAAGAACAUUUGUCCAUACAUGCGAAUAUAUUGCAACAGAAUGCCCUGGCUGAGGCUACAGAAUCGCUCAGGCAAUCACCACAAAAUCGUCAAUUAGAUGACAUGAAUAUAUUAUACUCAUGUGACUAUUGUGGCAAAAUCUUCAAUUCAAAAUAUAAACUGGGCUAUCAUCGUCGGAAUCAUCAUCGUGAGGCUGAGGCCCUGCGGAAGGCACAACAACCAACUUUAAAAUGUUAUGUUUGCAGGAAGCAAUAUAAACGUAAAACAUUUUUACAAUUACAUUUGAAAGCAAAACACGGAAUAAUACAACCAGUUGAUCAAACGUCACCAUCAUCAGAAACUUCAGUGACAACAACAAAUUCCACAGAGAGCAUAACUUCCACUGGGCUGGGAGGAAGACAAAUUUGGAGUACAAAUUUACUUAACUCUCUGGCAGCAGCACAAUAUAAUCCAGCCAAUGAGCCGGCCCAGAAAUAUAUGAGCACCAGUGAAGCACCAGAACCAGAGCCGCCACGUCAGCAAAAUUUCGCCACAUGGGAGCCGGAACAAAAAUAUCCGCUGCGUUCACCAUUUUUCAACCCUAAUCUGUGGUUCGACCCCUGCUUAUAAGCAAAAAAACAAGGAACAAAUCCAAAAACAAAAGCGAAAAGAAAAGAAAAAGGAAAACGAUUGAACGAAUGAUGGAAUGAUGAAAGCCUCCCACCAACCAAACGGAACGCUAAGUUAGAUCUAAGUGUUAUUUACUUACAUUUAAAAUUUUGUUUUUUUUUUUUAUUUUUUUUAAUAUGUAUUACAGCUUAGCUGAUACAAAGUGAUCAAAUUGUAAGCAUGUAUAUAUGUAUAUGUAGUAGUUAUCGCUUAUAGUAUCAUUUCUUACUAUGUAUAUAGAAAUGUCAUUCAACUCGGGCAACUCGAAAAAGCAAAAAGUUUGCUAAUGCUGCUGCUUUUUUUUUUUUUGCUGAUAUCGCCGAUUUUGCAAAGACAUUAUCGUUGCAUUUAAAUAUAAAAACGAUGAGUCAACUGUUUUCAGAUUCCCAUCGGAAUAUUACUUCGUUAUAGAUGUGUAUAUGUAACUCCCGGGAGACUCUCGAAUAUCCGAAUAUAUUGUUUAUUAUUAUUGUUUAAGAAUAAACAUCGGGU